CGUGUAACUUGGAGCUGAAAUCUGGAAAUUUAAACAUUCCAUGGUACGUACCAUCUAGCUGAUGGAUUCCCCCAGUCAGAGAUCCCUGUCAUCCAUGCUUCACGCUACGGAUUAUCGCCGGAUAAGCUUCUCCUUACAUAGCAGCUUAGGUAAGCUUUCCAACCCUGUCGACAGCUGGCUUCUAGAAAGGCUGAAACCGCGAGUCGCCGCAUGAGGAAAUAGCAAAAUAAUCGGGCAUUCGAAGAACAAGAGACGACGCGUAUAACCUUAUAGCGAGCCGACAGUUCAACGUUGCGAAUAUGUCCGCGCUCUUCAAUUUCCAGUCUCUCCUCCUCGUCAUCCUCCUCCUUAUCUGCACAUGCGCCUACGUACACCAAAUAUUCCCCACGAUUCUCGACAGGAAUAAGCAGGGUUUCAUGGGUAUCUUCUGGAAGGCUGCGAGAAUAGGGGAGAGGCUAAGUCCAUAUAUGAGUCUAUGCUGUGUAUUCAUGGCGUGCUCGAUGGUUAUCGGUAACUAGCGCAUCGGACGCACCCUUAUGUGUAUCGUAGAGGACGAAUGGAGUCAGGUUUGUUUUUCAGCAGCGGAGUAAACGGCAACAUGGGGAUGGUGGCACGGUAAUGGCGAUAUCGUCAUGAAUGGACGAGUUUUACCUAUCAUCAUACAACAGAAAACUUGAUUAUGCAUCCGCCGAAACAGUCACUAUCAUUGAUUCUGCUACGACAAGCGAGCAACAAGCCUCGUCGCAUUUCGCCGUCCCGUCAUUAUACACCAGUUGUUCAGCUCGUCGCCAUCUGUAAAACGUGAGCUUGUUGCCUCACUUGGUGAUCAAGCGAUGCGUUAUCGUCGGCGAUUCAGGCGCGGUGUACAAGCUUGGGUUGCCGCUUCGUGGAACUCGGCCUCUACGCUGGUUCUGUUUAACCGAGUUUGUGGCAAGUGAGCUACAAAUAUGAUGAACCUCAAUGAAGCUGGCGACAGUACUACGGUUAUUUCCUGGAAUUGAUUGGUGGCCUGCUUAUUGACAAUGUCUACACUGUAGUCAUAAUACUUUCCACGGCUAAACGGCAAUGAUGUCUCCGGUGAAGAUGUCUUAUUAUUCGAAUGGCAACUUUGCUGACAGAGGGCGAGUUCUUGAUAGGUAUUCUUAGAUUCCAUAUCACAAAGUAUUAUAUUUCAGUUGAA